AUGUUUUUUUAGUUACUCGGUUACUCCUUAUAUAUGUAUAUAUACACACAUAUAAAGUAGCUCCACAUAUAUUCGUUCGGCUUCGAUCUCUCCGUUUCCGUGCUUCCAUCCCAUCCGUCGAUCGUCGCAUGUGUGUAAUCAUACAUCGGCUGCUGUGCAGUUUGCAGAGGCUUGUGAGUUGUGCGCAAGUGUUGCGCUGCUACAGCAGCAGGUGGUCAUUUUUUCUGUGCCAAUUGUGUGUCAAAAAACAGCGUUGCCUGCCGGGAAACGAACUCUUUUUAUUUUGUUUAUUUUUUUUUUGUUCAUAGAAAAACUCUUUGUACCUAACUGAAUCAGCACUUUUCUUACCUGGGGGAUGAUUCAUACUCUCGACAAUACCUGUGCAUUGACGUUUAACAGGUAACUGUACGUCUCUGUUCUUUUCUUCAUCAUCUACCUCACUCUCGCUCUCUCUCCCUCUCCCCGCACUGUUAAAUAGCUCAAAGGCCCAGAGACACUUCCGUACACCUACCUUUAAGGCCUCUGAUAAUGUGUGACUCAGCAGAUAGCUCCCUGAUUCAGAAACUCAACCACUUAAGGUUUGAGCAUGAUGAGCCUGGUAUCGGUGAGCGAAUGUCAAGCUCCAGACCUGAAGCUCAAGUGCCAGUUUCUGGAGCUGGUGGGCCAACAGUUCGAUUUGCAAACACAGAGGAUCAUAGGCCUAAUCAGUAUCCUGUAGAUUAUGGCAUAUACGAGAGCUACUGCAGUGACAGAGAAAGACUUACCCGAUUGACUUCUGAGGACAGGAUGAAACAGUACCUCGCCCAACAGAGAUCCGAACAAGAAAGAAAUUCACCUGUGUAUGAAAAUAUUUAUGUCAAUGAUGCAUCUUUGUACCCCAGGGAAAAAUAUCCACCCCCCUUGGAUACUGUCAAACAAGUUUUGAAGAGUGCUGGAAACAGCCCAGGAGCAUCUAUGGCUGGUGAACAGUACAGUGGAGGAUAUAAAGGCUUUGAAAAGAAUCAGUACGUAGGAGCAUUACAUCAAUUGGAUCAUCAUAAUCAUCAUCAACACCUUCAUCAACAACAAAUAAAAAAGGCACAACCCCAAGUACCAAUCAACAGAUAUCAAACGGCUUCACCAGUGAGAGAAAUACCUUAUAUGCCACCACCAGUUUAUGAAAACAUUCAAGAUAUUCACUACUCGGAGCUAAACAAAGAAAAGGCAAGACCUCAAGCGCCCAUUAAUUACCACCAUUAUAAUCCCAUGAGCAUCAACGGCGGAGAUUACGUGGUAAUGACUGGAAAAGCUGGGCCAAUGGCAGAACAAAAAACGAUCAACUCACAAAGGCAUGUUCGUCCACCUCAUCACGAUGAACUUUUGCGACGAUCAUACCUUCAAGAAUACCAGCCUAAUCCUCCAUUGCACCAGAAAAAAAAUAACAAUGAAAAUAACAGCAACAGUAGCAACAGUAAUAACAAUAAUAACAAAAGCACCUACGUCCCACCAUCAGAGCUCCAGCAGCAGAGGAAUAUACAAAGCGAGCAGUACCAGCAAAGAUAUAGUGACCCAGUGGACCAGAAGUUGCAGUACUCGCAGACGUACCGAACCUCGCCUCAUUCCACGAGCUCGAGUGACCCAAGAUACCACGCUUACACGAGCUUGAUUGACCCCAGCACCAACAGCAGCAGCAGCAGUGCCAGUACUAAUAACAGUCACUAUCGGCAACAAGUCCAGUCGUCGAACAAGCAGUUUGUCGAGCGCACCCCCGCGGUCUCGAAUCCCGUAAAUCCUGCCUACUCUGGAUACGACUUUAUGUCACGGUCCUUAAAACCAACCUACGAGUCCCAGAGACAGACGGAUUCUCCUAGCUACUCGCCAGUCCAUCUCAACCAGGUGGGUGACAGAGGCUGCCAUCAACAGUUGCAGGACACGCCCUUGGAUAAGACAGAGCAUCCGCAUCGAGCUUCAAGUAUAGUAUUUGCCAACGAGCCUAGCUGUUUGUCCUCCUCCUCGGUAUUUGAUGGUGGGAAUCGUGUCGAGAACGAUCCCUCCGAUCCUUCGCAGUCUCCCACGCGGCAACAAACGAGCUGCUACUCUGAACCUGGUCUCUGUCAAAUUUCGCCUAAACGCGACAGGGAGCACCCACUGCGUGGUCAGGUGCAACCCGCGGUCUCGAGCACGAUCUCGGAUCCUAGCCUACCCCCGGGCGUGACGAGUGGAGUCGCUGGUCCCGUCGUUCUUGGCGAUACUGGUGGUCUUCUUCCAGUGUCGAUGCACAGGAAGAUCGAGACAUCGAUGGACAGCAGGAUGAACGUCGCUAUGCCUGCCAAGCCCACUAUUGGCAAAAGCUUACUGCCCGUCAACGUUACACCUCCAAGGCCAUCGGGGCCUACAGAAGCAGAAAGGAAAAUCGAAGAGUUGACAAGGCAACUUGAAGAAGAAAUGGAAAAACAAGAGGAAGAAGGCGAAUAUUUCGGUAUCUGUCACACAUGUCGCGAGAAAGUAACAGGCGCUGGGCAAGCUUGUCAAGCAAUGGGUAAUCUUUACCACACGAAUUGCUUCAUCUGUUGCUCCUGCGGCCGAGCGCUUCGCGGAAAAGCUUUUUACAAUGUAGAUGGUCGUGUUUAUUGCGAAGAAGAUUAUCUAUAUUCUGGGUUUCAACAGACUGCCGAGAAAUGUGCCAUAUGUGGUCAUCUUAUAAUGGAAAUGAUUUUACAAGCAAUGGGUAAAUCCUACCAUCCUGGGUGCUUCAGGUGCUGCGUGUGUAAUGAGUGCUUGGAUGGGGUACCAUUUACGGUUGAUAUAGAUAAUAAAAUUUACUGUGUUAAUGAUUAUCACAGAAUGUUUGCUCCAAAGUGUGCUUCUUGUGGCAAGGGCAUUACUCCCGUUGAGGUAAACGAUAUCGAAGGGACAGAGGAAACAGUGCGAGUAGUUUCUAUGGACAAAGACUUUCACGUCGACUGCUACGUGUGUGAGGAUUGCGGCAUGCAGUUAACUGAUGAGCCCGAUAAACGAUGUUACCCAUUAGACGGAAAACUAAUGUGCCGAACAUGCCACAUUCAACGCAUCUCGCACAUACAGCCAAGAGCACCUCAACCAGUCUCAGCUACUUAUCAAUAUAUGGGUUAAAUUUUUUAGAACAAUAUUUAUAAACUUUUCAUACACCUACUAUUUUUUCUAUUUUUAAUAUUAUUACCAUUAUGAUUAGUGGACUUAAGUUAUUUCUAAUUGAAAAUUGUCAUACGAUGAUUUUCCUGAUAUGUGAUAUAUUACGUUAUUAGCGUAUGUUUGAAUGAAAGUAGCAGUUGUAACAAGCACGUUGAUAAUCUCAUACUGAUUGAUUAAGUAAAUCGAGUUAUUUUGUUUAUAGGCCGGAAUGAUUGAUAACGUGACUGAUUUUUCAAAGGUGUUAUUAGUUGUGACAUUUACCUGCUUGAUACAAAUUCAGUUAGGGUAAUUUCGAUGAAUGUAAUCAAGUAUGGAAAAUUGAUCGAUUAAGCUUACGCCUCGCAAAUAGGGAUAAAACAUUAAAUAAACAUUACGUAUGCAAGUAUGAUAAAUUAGAAAAAAUAAUAAUCUUGAGUAAACGACUAAAAGCAUCUUGGCUAUGUUACAGUAGCAUAGAGAUCGAAAUAACACCUACUUGAUGCCAUUUUUUUCCUCAAAAAUCUUGUUUCAUUAUUACGAUCAAACUGCCAAAUCAAGACGAUUAAAGAUAAGUGUCUAAAUUUCCACUUACUAAUUUUUAUAAGAUUUUUUAAAAUAGUUUUACAAUACUAUCAGUAUUUGUAUAAAAAAUAAAUGCAAUUGUAACAGAAUUUUACCACAAAACAUCAGUAAUUAAAAUGCGGAAAAAUUUAAAGUAACUUUUAAUAGUUUUGGUGACAGAUUCAAAUAAUAAUAAUAAUGCUGGU